UAAACUCAGACGCAUCACACAUUCUCUCGCGUGUUCUAUAAAUAAAAAAGGGUACAUUUGAAUAGGGAGCUUUAACUGCUUUCAGUAUUUGAAAAAGUGAAAAGAAAAAUUUAUUUUUAAAAUUAUUUCGGGAAAAAUGAGAAAUUUCGUGCAACAAUCUUUUGUGAUCGUCUGUGUGAUUUUAGGAGUAACCGCCAAAUUUCCUUCUGAAUUGCCGCGAUGCAGAGCCGGCGAUACACAAUGUCUCCCGGGUGUCAUUACGAGAGUGUUGCAAUUGGUGAAGGAUGGCAAUCCAGAUAUGAAUUUGGGACCAAUUGAGCCGUUGCAUAUCAACAAACUCGAUAUAGAGCAAGGAGGAAAGUCGCCAAUUCAGGUUACGCUUAAUUUUCGUGAUAUGGAUUUGCAUGGGAUCUCGAAUGGAGUUGUAACGAGAGUUAAUGGCUUCGAAGCUGAUCCCCGUACCUCCAAAUUCGAGAUCGAAGCAAAAGUGCCAAGACUUACAUUAGCCGGAAAGUACAAAAUCAACGGAAAAGUUCUCGUUCUUCCCAUCCAAGGGCGCGGUUUGAGCAACUUAACCAUCGACAACGUCAAUUUGCGUGUCAAAUUCAAGCCAAAAGUCAUCGAAAAGAAUGGAAAAACUUACAUCCAAACCGACAAGUUCAAAUUGACCUUCGACACAUCCAGAUUGUACCUGCAACUCGACAACUUAUUCAACGGCGACAAAGCUUUGGGUGACAACAUGAACGUCUUCUUGAACGAAAAUUGGAAGGAUAUUUUGGAUGAACUCAAACCCGCAGUUAUUGAAGCAUUUUCACAAAUAUUCGCAAGUGUUAUUAAUACCAUCUUUAGUAAGCUCUCGUAUGACGAUGUGUUUGAACCUUAAUUUAAGUUCGACGUGAAAACGUGUCAAAAAGUAUUAGGUACCUAUUUUAAGGGUAUUAAUAAUUUUAUUUUAACUUUAAUUAAUUAAAAUAAACUUAUUGAAAUUUUA